GAAUGACUGAAUGACGCUGUCUUUCCGACAGACCUGUUCUUCACCUGAGGACGGCUGCUUGCGUUGUGGCCGAAACGUCGUGAGAAUUAUUUUAUAAUGUUUUAUCUUUAUUAUUUUAUUAUUUCCAUUCUAUGUCACUUUACCGAAAGAACCAAGAAGAUGAAUCCCUGCAGUCACGAAAGAAGCUUUAAAUCGAAAUUUGACGCGUUGGUUAUUUAGCCGUUGUCCCAUGUUUUUGGUCGCUGUGGUAAAUGUCGCGGUCAUUUUCCCACGAGGACGCGGGAGAGUAAAACGUUAUACGUGUGUUGUGUGUCUCUGUGUGUGUCUCUCUGUGUGUUUGUGUGUCUCUGUGUGUGUGUGUGUCUCUGUGUGUUUGUGUGUCUCUGUGUGUGUGUCUCUGUGUGUGUGUCUGUGUGUUUGUGUGUCUCUGUGUGUGUGUCUCUGUGUGUGUGUCUCUGUGUGUGUCUCUGUGUGUGUGUGUCUCUGUUUGUGUGUCUCUGUGUGUGUCUCUCUGUUUGUUUGUGUUGCAAACACACACACGAGCGGAGCGCCGGGUGUCUAAAGCACAGCAAGUUGGCACAGUAGGGGGCACAGGUGGUGCAUCAGCCACUCAUCUCGGUCAUCUCGGUCAGUCGACCCGUGGCACCUGCUGGGUCUGCCCCGUGACCUCCUGCCAGCGGGCGUUCGACACUUCACGUGGUAGCCUCAAGGGUCACGCUGGAAGUCGUCAGUGUCGUACCUGUCGCGGGCUGACGCGCCCCGCCUCGCCUACUCGCUCAGCGCGGGCAAAUCUCCCGGCGUGCUCUUUCUGCCGGGGUUCGGGUCCAGUAUGGACGGGGCCAAGGGCACCGCCCUGCACGGCUACUGCCGCUCCGUGGGGCACGCCUACACCCGGUUCGACUACACGGGUUGCGGAGCGUCGGAGGGUGACAGCUCCCACUGGGGGGUGGGGCAGUGGAAGAGCGACGUCCUCGCCGUGCUCGACCAGCUCACCACGGGCCCACAGAUCCUCGUGGGCUCCAGUCUGGGCGCGUGGCUCAUGGUGCUGGCGGCCGUGGCACGCCCGGAGCGCGUGGUCGGCCUGGUCGGUGUGGCCAGUGCCCCGGACUUCCUCCUGCGAGUCUACAGCUCGCUCACCGACGAGGAGCGUGCCGAGGCUCAACGCACCGGAGAAUUUCGCAUCCCCUACUCCCCCCCACCCUCCUCCUCCUCGCCCAGCCCCUCGCCCAGCCCCUCGCCCAGCCCCUCGCCCAGCCCCUCGCCCAGCCCCUCCUCGUCCAAGACCCACAUCACAAUCCCGCUCGCCGCCGUGCUGGAGGCAGCCAGGCACAGCCUCCUUGUCGCCCCGACCGUCACCGUCACCGCUUCGUCGACGGCCGACCCACUGCUGCCCCCGCUGCCCCCGCUGCCCCCGCUGCCCGUGCGCUGCCCCGUGCGGCUGCUGCACGGCCUCGCGGACGAGGUGGCGCCGUGGCAGCUGGCGCUGCGCCUGGCGGAGCGACUGGCGUCCGCCGAGGUGGACGUGACGCUGAGGAAGGGCGCCGGGCACCGCUUCAGCGAGCCGGCCGACCUGCGCCUCCUGGCCAGCACGCUGGACGACCUGGUGGACAGGCUGACGACGCACACGUAGCGCGGCGGGGGCGGGAGGGGGGGGUGCACCUAGCCUGGCGCGGAGUCGUUGGCGUGGUCGGUGUCGUUAUCCGAUUGUGUGGACGGGUCGAGCACGCGCGCCUAGUGGGGUGGGGAGGGGAGGUGGGGGUGCGUGCACCUAGCCUGGCACGGAGUCUAUCAUCGUCACCACCACCAUCAUUGUCACCACCACCAUCAUCGUCACCACCCCCACCACCAUCAUCGGCACCACCACCAUCAUCAUCAUUACCACCACCAACACUGCCACCAACGCUAUCACCGCCAUAAUCACUGCCACCAUAACUACCACCAUCACUACCACCAGCACCAUCAUUGUUACCACCUCCAUCAUCAUUACUACCAUCACCAAUACCAUCACCACCAUCAUACAUCAUUCACCUUCCCUAGCUUGCACCACGUGGCGGUGAUGAUGGUGGCGGUGAUGGUGGUGAUGGUCGUGAUGGUGGUGGCGGUGAUGGUGGUGGCGGUGAUGGUGGCGGUGAUGGUGGUGAUGGUCGUGAUGGUGGUGGCGGUGAUGGUGGUGGCGGUGAUGGUGGUGGCGGUGAUGGUGGUGGUGAUGGUCGUGAUGGUGGUGGCGGUGAUGGUGGUGGCGGUGAUGGUGGUGGCGGUGAUGGUGGUGGCGGUGAUGGUGGUGGCGGUGAUGGUGGUGGCGGUGGUGGCGGUGGUGAUGGUGGUGGCGGUGGUGAUGGUGGUGGCGGUGAUGGUGGUGGCGGUGAUGGUGGUGAUGGUCGUGAUGGUGGUGGCGGUGAUGGUCGUGAUGGUCGUGAUGGUGUUGAUGUAGCAGAGUUACUGCCAAAUUCGUUACAUUUUUACAAAAAACUUGAGCCAAAAUGUGAACUCUAUUUGAUGAAACAAUAGCGUGUGUGUGUGUAGUAAGUGUCUUGUAUAGCAUGUGUGUGUGUGUGGCUGAACACGUGUGUGUGUUGUCUGUGUGUGUGUAGUGUGUGUCUUGUAUAGCAUGUGUGUGUGUGUGUGGCUGAACACGUAUGUGUGUUGUGUCUGUGUGUGUAGUGUGUGUCUUGUACAGCAUGUGUGUGUUGCGUGUGUGAACACGUGUGUGUGUGUGUAGUGUGUGUCUUGUACAGCAUGUGUGUGUUGCGUGUGUGAACAUGUGUGUGUGUGUGUAGGGUGUGUCUUGUAUAGCAUGUGUGCGUGUGUGGCUGAACACGUGUGUGUGUGUCUUGUAUAGCAUGUGUGUGAACACGUGUGUGUGUGUGUUGUGUGUGUGUAGCUGAACACGUGUGUGUGUGUAGCUGAACACGUGUGUGUGUGUAGCUGAACACGUGUGUGUGUGUGUAGCUGAACACGUGUGUGUGUGUGUAGCUGAACACGUGUGUGUGUGUGUGUGUGGCUGAACACGUAUGUAUGUGUCUGUGUGUGUGUUGUGUCUGUGUGUGUCUUUGUAGCGGUGGCGUCGUGGUUAGCGCACUCCGCUUCUCAACCCGGCAACCCGAGUUUGAUUCCCGCUCACAGCCAAUUACAGUGGCAGGCAUCUGAACCGAUCCUGGGUCUCCCCUAGGUCGACUCGGCCUCAAAUGCGUGCGGUGUGUAGUAAACAUCGCCACUAGGGAGACAAAGGGGGCCGGGCGUGGUGCUGGCCACCCACCCCCUCGUGUGCCGUGCCCGCCUUCGUAGGCGCUGCUACUCGCUAACGGCCCUUGCCCCUCAAAAAGUGUGAGGCUACCUGGGGGAUCUUUGUCUUUGGUGUGUAACACGCGUGUCCGCGUGUCUCGCCCUAUCUUGUCAAGCGCUUUUCAAAUCCUUUAUAUUAAGUUCACUUGCUUGCUUGCUUGCGCGCUUACGACCGUGUAAAUCUUUCGGUCGUUUUUUAACCCACUUCCCGUGAUCCAAUCGAGCUGACAUUCUGCACACAGACUCGUUGUGCGUGACAAUUAAUGUUCGUGAAAAGUUUUUUGUUCCAAAAUGUUACACUUUUUAGGACAAAAAAAUUUAUAUUUAAUUACCAAUUGCUUAAUGGUGGCCAGGCAAUCAUCUGACCCAUAGGUGGCAGCCAUCUCAAGCCAGAGGACGAGAGGACUCUAGCCGCCACGCAUAUAAAGGAUUUAUAGUGAAAAACUUUGUUUUUACGGGUUAUACUUAUUGCCCCAUUGCGUCACGCACUUUCGUUGUGUUCGCACGAACAGCUACCAUCGCCUCCCUCCAUAUGACUGCCAGAAAAGCCAAAUAUAUGUGUGUGAACACUUACACGGGGCUAUGGUUUUUAGUGGAAAAAGAACGGAUAAAUUCACUGUAACGUUGUGGCAAAUUGGACGUUAAUAGCUUCAAAAAGUCGACGCGCUCCCCGAAUCUUUGUCCACGGAGGUCUCCCGAUCACGUUUGUGCCUUUCCUCGCGGCGUUCUUGAAGAUUUCCUGGCAGCGUUGUGCCGCGCAGGGAGAGAUGCCGCUGGGGGUGCCCCUGGGCUGGGCCGAGCAGCGACGGGAUUUGCCUGGCGACAAAGCUGGCGUCGCGGGUCUUUCGGUGAAGUCACGUGGGUGGAAAACGUCGUUUUUUUGCUUUUGUGGUUUUCGAUUUGUUUGAAAUUUUAUUUGACAGUUUUUUUAUUGUGGUUUUUGCUUUUAUUAUUUUCAAUUUAUUUUCACAUUUAUUUUAUUAUUUUUAAUUGUGGUUUUUUGCUUUUAUUAUUUUCGAUUUAUAAAAAAAUAUAUUUUACUAUUUUUUAUCGUUGUUUUUUGCUUUUAUUAUUUUCAAUCUAUUUAAAUUUUAUUUUACUAUUUUUUAUUGUGUUUUUUUGCUUUUAUUAUUUUCGAUUAAUUAAAAAAUAUAUUUUACUAUUUUUUUAUCGUUGUUUUUUGCUUUUAUUAUUUUCAAUCUAUUUAAAUUUUAUUUUACUAUUUUUUAUUGUGUUUUUUUGCUUUUAUUAUGUUCGAUUAAUUUAAAAAAAUAUUUUACUAUUUUUUAUUGUGCUUUUUGUUUUUAUUAUUUUCGAUUUAUGAAAAAAAAAACUAUUUUUUUCGAUUUUUGCUUUUAUUAUUUUCAAUUUAUUUAAAAAAAUUAUUUUACUAUUUUUUAUCGUUGUUUUUUGCUUUUAUUAUUUUCGAUUUAUUAUUUCUAUUUUUUAUUAUUUACUAUUCGUAUUUUUUGUUUUCUAUCUACGUGACUUUACCGAAAGAACCAAGAAUAUGAAUCGCUGCAAUUCACGAAAGUUUUAAGUCCAUACGAAACUUGAGUUCCCCUAAUGUUUGUGCUGCAACUCUCCUCCUCACCUCCUGACUCUCUUGGUCCUGCAGACGUCAGCCUAAACAACUCGGAUGGUUUAUUUUGUAAUGCCGUGUUCAGAGUAUGGUGCCCUUGGUCGAGUGUUGUGUGUGUGUGUGUGUGUCGAAUGUGUGUUGUGUGUGUGUCAAAUGUGUGUUGUGUGUGUGUCGAAUGUGUGUUGUGUAGCUCAAGUUCAUUGAUUUGGCAAAGCUCUUGAAUCGGGUGCAACCGCAACAAACAAAAAAACAAAAACAUGAACAAGAAAACAUCUUAAAGUGACUAUGUGACUAAGUGCAAACAGAAAAUCCAAGAAAAGACAGCAAAAUGUUGCAGAAAAAUCACCGUUACACACCAACGCUGUGUGCAAAAAUCCCAGUGGGAUGCAAGUCAAACAACAACAACAACAACCACAAGACAACUUAGAUUAAGGCCAUCAGUCUAACUCUGUACUACAACAAACAAACAUGGCCAAACCAAAAAAACUUUUCGAAAUCACCAAGAUAAAGCCAUGAAAGUGGGGAGCGGUGGUGCAGUGGUUCGCGCUACCAACCCGGCGUCACGAGUUCGAUUCCCGCUCUCCGGCCAACGACUGCGACGAUUAUUGAACCGGUCCUGGGCCUCCCCUAGGUCGACUCGGCCUCAAAUGAGUACCUGAUGCGGUGCGUACACAUCGCCGCUAGGGAGACAAAGGCGGCCGGGCGUGGUGCUGGCCACCCACCCACUCGUGUGCCGUGCCGGCCUUCAUAGGUGCUGCUGCUACUCGCUAACAGCACUUGCCCCUACAGUCUGUGAAGGCUACACGGGGGAUGUUUCUUUGUAGUGCGGUGAAUGUUAGAGGAGUGUGGUGCACAUGCUGACUUCAUGUGUGGUGGUGAGUUUGGCGAGGGGGGUGGUAGUGAGUGUGGUGGUGAGUGUGGUGGUGGUGAGUUUGGCGAGGGGGGUGGUGGUGAGUGGUGGUGAGUUUGGCGAGGGGGGUGGUGGUGAGUGUGGUGGUUAGUGUGGUGGUGGUGAGUUUGGCGAAGGGGGUGGUGGUGAUUGUGGUGGUGAGUUUGGCGAGGGGGGUGGUGGUGAGUGUGGUGGUGAGUUUGGCGAGGGGGGUGGUGGUGAGUGUGGUGGUGAGUGUAGUGGUGGUGAGUUUGGCGAGGGGGGUGGUGGUGAGUGUGGUGGUGAGUUUGGCGAGGGUGGUGGUGAUGAGUGUGGUGGUGAGUGGCGAGGGGGGUGGUGGUGAGUUUGGCGAGGGUGGUGGUCGUGAGUGUGGUGGUGAGUGGCGAGGGGGGUGGUGAUGAGUGUGGUGGUGAGUGGCGAGGGUG